AUGAAUAGAAAUGAAAAGCAAAUCGAACAUUACCGUUACAAUUAUAAAAAAGGAAAAAUUGGAAAAGGUUCAUAUGCAACUGUCUAUAAAGGAGUGGAUACAAAAUCAAAAUAAAAUGUUGCCAUUAAAUAAAUUCAUAAAGCAGAUCUUUAAAAUGCAGGUUUUAUCAAAUUUAUAUUAGUUUAGAUGACGAAGAGCAUUUGCUGAAUGAGAUUAAUAUACUUAAGAGAAUAAAAAAUCCAAAUAUAAUUGAAAUACUUGAUGUUCUUUAAACAAAAGAUCAUUAUUAUAUUGUAUUAGAAUAUUGUAAUUUGGGAGAUUUAGAUUCUCUACUUAAAUAGAAGAAUAUUAUUAAAUUAGAAGAUCAUAUAACCUUCUUGUAAGAUAUUUUAAAUGCCUUUACAACAUUAAUUAGAUAAGGAAUAGCCCAUAGAGAUCUUAAACCAGCAAAUAUUUUAGUUCAUUAGGAAGGAAAAAGAAAGAUCUUUAAAUUAGCUGAUUUUGGUUAUGCAAAAACAAUAUUUAAUUAUAAAGCUUAAAUUUUAAAAAGUAAUUUGGGAACACCAGCAUAUAUGAGCCCAUAAUUACUAAAAGAAGAAUAAUAUACAACAAAAAGCGACAUUUGGAGUUUUGGGAUAAUUUUAUAUUAAAUUAUAUUCAAUACUCGUAUUAUUUUAAGCUAAUAUAGUGCCUUGGAUGGGGAAAUCAGAAAAUGAUUUAAUUUAAAUGAUCUAUAGUAUUCCAAUACAAUUUCCUUAAAAUCCAAAAGUUUCGUCAAUUUGUUUAGAUUUAAUUAUAAGUUGUUUAUAAGUGAAUGAAGAAAAAAGAAUAAAUUGGGAUGAUUUAUUUAGACAUCCUUAUGUAUGCAAUUAUUUUGGAAAAGUGGAUAUUCAAUAGAAUAGCUGUUUAAAAAAGGUGUUUAUAUUAUCUUAGAGUCUAAGAUAGAAAAUAGGAUAAGAAGAAUAGAUGGAUUAAUUAUUAAUCAACUUAAAUAUUUAAGAUAAAUAAUGUUAAUUAAAUUCUGAAGAUUUUAAAAAUUUUAUUAAAUAAGUGAAUUAAAGCGAAAGCCUUAGUGAUGAUGAUAUUUAAUUUUUAUUUCAGGAAUUUUAAAUUGAUGGCUUAGUAAAUUAUAAGGAAUUUAAAAAUUUUGUAUUUUAUAAUCAUCCAAAAAGAGUAAAAAUUGUUAGGCAUUUGUCUAAUUCAAACAUUACAAUUCUUACAAAAUUAGCAUUAGGCUUGAAAUAAUAUAAUAUCAAAGAUUUGUUUGAAUAAUUUGCAACUACAAAAAAAGACACUUUAGAAAGACAUUAAUUUUCAAAAAUGAUUAAAAUAUUCGCAAGUACUAAUUCUUUGACUAAUCAAAAUGUAAGAAUUGACUAUUACUUAAUUUUUAGAUAAAAGAAAUAAUUGAUUUUUUUGAUGACAAUGGAGAUGGUAUGAUUCAAUUUUCAGAAUUUAAUAAUGUUUUGAGAUAUGUGCAAUAAAUUGAUAAAUCAUCGAAUAAUGAUAAUAGAUUAGAUACAAUCACUGAAUUAGAUGAAAUAUCAUUUAUUUAAGAGAGCAACAGUUUUAAAAAUAUUAAUUAAAUGCUUGAUAAAAGAUCAGAUUAAAAAAUCAGUAUAUGUGAAUGUAUUACUUUUUGA